AAAGAAGAUGGAAAGCUGAAGCUCAAUUAGUAAUUAUUAAAAAUCUAGCACCAAAUAAUAUUAUAAAACUAGCUAAUAGUCAUAUAUAUGAUGCAGAUAGUAUUAAAGAUCCAGUUAUAUAUCAGGAUAAAGACAGACUAGCUACUAAGUACUUAAAAGCUUUUACUAAAGAAAAUAAUAAAGCAGCUGCUAGCAAUAUGAAACAUGCUAAUAUUAGUAAUGAAGAGAAAGGAGUUGAA